AUUUAGCUAAUAUACUGCCACAGUUAAGCUGGAUUGUUCCAGCAAAUAGCAAUUUUUUUGUCUCAUAAAUGUUCCUAAUUAGUUGCAAAUGUUCCAAAUCCACUGUCCUCUUUUGCAAAUUGCUGAUUAAGGACUCUUUCCUUUCCCUCCAGUAAAACCACAGUAUUUAAUAAAAAUCUCAUUUGGCCCCCACUCCCUGCUCCUUCCACUGAAUCCCUUUCACUCUUCGUCUUCCCUCGUGAUUCGUGCAGACUUCUUAAUUUCCUCCGUGACUCCUCCCUCUCCCAUUAAAGAAAAAAUCAGAAGAGAAGAAAUACGAAACGAACCCCCGCCCCCGGAGAGAAAUGAAGGGAAACACCACCUCCGCCACCGCCACCAAUACAAAGCUGAUCCUCCUCCACCCUUCCAUCCUUAAAUCCUCCCCCUCCUCCCCCCGCUUCUUCUUUCUAUUCUUCCUCACAUUUUUCACUUUAGCCUUUGUUCUAACCCUCUUCAACACCUCCUCCACCAUGCCCUCCGCCACCACUUCUUUCCCCACUGGUACCACCGCCCUGCCCUCCUCUGUCGCCACCACGCUCCUCCAUUAUGCCGCUUCCUCUAACACCACCCAGCACCACAUGACCCUCUCUGAACUCUCCCUCAUUUCCUCGGCUCUUAACCGCUGCCCUUCCCGCUGCCACUUCCUCAUCUUCGGUCUCACACACGAGUCCCUCCUCUGGCACUCCCUCAACCUAGACGGCCGCACCAUCUUCCUCGAUGAAAGUGAGUACUUCGUCUCCAGUUUCGAACGUGCCCACCCCGAAAUCGAAGCGUACGACAUUCAGUACACCACCAAAGUAAGCCAAAUGUCCGAUUUGAUUUCCAUAGCUAAAACCCAGAUCGAUCACGACUGCCGGCCGGUGCAAAACCUCCUCUUCUCCGAUUGCAAACUCGCCAUCAACGAUUUGCCCAACCACAUCUACGACUUGAAUUGGGAUAUGAUCCUAAUCGACGGCCCACGCGGGUACUUUCCCGAUGCGCCUGGCAGGAUGGCUCCGAUAUUCACCUCGUCGGUGUUGGCAAGGAGCAAGAAGAAAGGCGGGAAGACGCAUGUGUUUGUGCACGAUUUUAAUAGGGAAGUGGAGAGGAUUUAUGGGGAGGAGUUCUUGUGCGAGGAAAACUUGGAGGAGACGGUGGAUUCGCUGGCGCAUUUUGUGGUGGAGACCCGAGGGGUGGACGGUGAUGGCGGUGGGGUUAGAUUUUGUCUGAAUUCCUUAUCUUUUUCUCCGUUGUCAUCAGAAUUAGAUGAUUGAGAGGUGGGAAUUGUGAUUAUAAUUAUACCAUCAUUACAUUUUUUUUUUCCUUUUUGCCUUUUCUUUUGCAAUAUAGAACUGUAAUAUAAAAAAUUAAAACCUUGAAGGAGAGUUAAAAUUAGUUAAUUUCUUGCAUUUCAUUAAAUCAAUACUGUUUGG